AUGGCUUCAUCCUGCCCUGAUCCGUUCAUCGAUGAAUCUCGUUUUCCAAGUACCGGGGGUUGUGAGUUUAUUGUCCCUAACCGAAAAAAGUGUCGCAUCUCUAUGCAAUGCGUCUAUUACGACUCUGUUCUGAUGAAGUGGCAGCUGUGUCUAGUCGAUGGUGCGAAGAUCUCGGGGGCGUUUCCUGCUGUCUUCCAUGUCCCAUUGGAUAUUGGCGGUGGAAAGAUGGCUUGCCAACGAUGUACGGCUUCCUCUGUGGCCGAGUAUACCGGUUUUUAUCGCGCUGGUCUGGCUAUUGGCCACUUAUGCUAUAUUCCCCGCGAACCUGACGGGUCGCCACUAUCUCAAUAUCGCUCCUGUGAUCGGGUUGAUGUGCAUAUCGGUAUCGGACUAUCCUCCUAUUUCAUGACCUCCCGUGGAUUGAUCGCAUUCAUUGUACCCUCAAGAGGCCAGCCCAAGGAAUGCUAUAAUCAAAUCACCCCAAAUGACAUGCGAAAUGAUGCGAUUUCUGCUCUCACAGGACUCGUGUUAUUUUGGGGAGCAUGGGUGGUAAUAACAAGCACCUUUUUUCGAUCCAUCGCCUUACACCUCUCUGUAUGCUGGGAGAUCAAACCCGGCCAAAUGUACAAAUGCGCUUCCCUUACACUAAUCUUUGUUGGAUCAUCCGCCCUCGUCGCCAUUCUUCUAUCAGUCUCAGGUGUGGAAUACACAUUUGGCCGAAUAUCAUAUCUCACCCCUGGGAUUGACCGAGCAACAUUUUGGGGUCCUCUUCUGGCAAUAUCCGCUGCAUCUCUCUUGCUACAAUUCAUCACCGUCGCAUACUGCGCUAUACUCACUCUCAGACCAUGGUUUAACUAUCAGAGAUUACGCUGGUCAGGAUAUACGCCAUCCCGGGACGAAGAAAGAGUGCUUGGUGCCCAGCGAACAGCAUCACGCGUGCGUAAGAUAGUACAGCUACAAUGGAGAAACAGUCUCAUCACGGUGGUUAUACUUGUUUACGUUUGCUUCUUGGCCGGUGUGCUCAUGAAACUACGGCCAUUUCACGAUUAUCCGAAAGCAGACAGAGUAGCCUGGUUUGAGUGUUUGAGAUCAUCGAAUGGAACCAGAGACUCAUGUCUUUCACUUGCCGCUCCGCUAGGACCCGAUGAGCCGGCGGUGAUAGCCGUUCUAUCAAUGCUUGUC